AUGGAAUCUACAAAGGAUGAAAAACCAGUAUCUGCAAAAGUGGAGAAGAAGAGAUUUGGUUGGGGACCGUUCGCUCCAAAUUGCGUGCAGUUUUUCAACAAGGUCCAGUGGUUCGUGGUAUGGAUGUCCAUGUUUUACCUGCUGGAGGAGCUAUCCCACAGCCUUGUCAACAUCGCUAUCACCACCCUGGAGAGGCGCUACGGUCUGACCAGCUCCCAGACGGGUUUCAUGGUCACCGCUCACCACAUCGGGGGCCUCGUCGUCGUCGUCCCGGUGAGCUAUCUUGGGGCCAACGGCCAUAAACCCCACUACCUGGCUCUAGGCACAUUUGUGGUCGGGAUUGGCUCUUUCCUGUUCCUCCUACCCCAACUUAUCUCGGAUGUAUUUGAUUACACGGACACGGGAUCGACAAACGCCACGUCAGGUUACAUAUGUGAUCCGAACCGAGAUAAGACCGCCAAUCUGGGGAGCAGGACAUCUAAUGAUGAUACUCAGGAAGUGACGUCAGACAGCGCCACAACAUUGUACUUUGCCAUUUUUGUGUUAGCCGAGUUUAUUCUAGGAGUUGGUGACACCCCAGCUACAACUUUAGCCGCACCCUACAUUGAUGAGAAUGUAUCUAACCCCAGUCAAACAUCGUUGUAUUUAGGUAUAUAUUUUGCGGUGGGCGCCAUCGGUGCGGCUAUCGGCUAUGUUAGUGGGGGCCAGUCGCUCACCCUCUACGUGGACUUCACCCGAGUGGACAUGACGGAAGUGACGGUAUCUGAGGGGGAUGCAUACUGGGUGGGGGCCUGGUGGAUCGGUUUUGUGGCCUUGACCAUAGCUUUUCCUCUGAUCGCCUUCAUGAUUGCAGGAUACCCCAAGAAACUACCCACAGCUCCACCACCAAAAGUGCAACCGGAUAUCCCGAUCAAACAUCUGAGUGAGAAACAAAAUGGCCACGUCACAAAUGAUGAUCCAGACAGGAAAUCCAUCAGCGUUCUCAAGAAACUAACGAAUAGACUUGGUGAUAUGUUCAGCUCUGUGGUCGUCUUGUUUAAGAAUCCCACGUAUGUAUUAUUGGUCCUUGGAGGCUGUGCACAGGCGCUAAUAGCCAUCGGGAUGCUUCCGUUUCAAGCCAAAAUUCUCCAAGAAAAGUUCAAUAUAUCCCCGACCGAAGCCGGCGUUAUUCUCAGUGUAAUCAGCGUGGUAGGCCAGGGCGGUGGAGAGAUCCUGGGUGGGGUAAUUAUGAGACUGUCACACUUCGGCCCUCGGGGUAUGCUCCGCUUUAUGGCCAUCUUCGCUGGCGUCGCCGCUGCAUUCAGUGCUUGUUUCUUCAUCACCUGUCCGGAUAUCCGGAUAGCCGGCGUGAACUCCAAAUACGGCAGUGCAUCAUUCCUGCCGCCUGCUGAAGGUUUGUUUGACGCUUGUCAUAGUGAUUGCGCCUGCGAUGACAGUUUCUACCAGCCUGUUUGCGGCACGGAUGACGUCAUGUACAUUACUCCCUGCCACGCCGGAUGUGCUGUGGAAGUGCAGGUUGAGGGAGAUUUGAGUUACGCGAACUGCGAGUGUGUCCGUCAGACACUGCUGAAUGGAAACUUGGAAAAGAACGCCACAGCCACAGAUGGCCGUUGUCUGCAGAGCUGUGAUAGUGCUCUCAUAUCCUUCUCUGCUCUCCUUCUCCUCCAGUUCAUGACGCUGUUUGCUACCGUGCCCGCGGCGUCCGUCCUUCCAUUACGCUGUGUUAGAGAGGAGCAUGGCGCUCUGGCAGUAGGGGUACAGUGGACCUUCCUCCGGCUUUUAGGUGUUCUCCCGGGACCCGUUAUGGCCGGGGUGGUGAUCGACAGCGCCUGUGAUUUCUGGGGAACAGAGGGGUCGUGUUUGCUUUACGAUAAAGCUGCCCUCAGCUGGCGGAUCUUUCUCUGCUGGGUGAUAUUCCAGGCCUUUGUGGUGGCCGUUUGGGCGUUGGCCGCACAGUUGUAUCGCCCAAAGUGGGCGGGGCAAACUGAGCCUGAUAUGGAGCUUGACGUGUUGCCAGAGCCGCCAAGCACCACAGACAAUGUGACAAACAUUCCAUGCCCUCAGCGUAACCAAUCAGACGCGGACUCCAUCACGGAAGCCACCACGAACACCACCACUGACACCGAUAUGCCGCCGAGUAGUGAGACAUCUGCACAUGGCCAGACUCUUGUCUGGUAAGAGAUGAACUGCUGUAAACCAAGUCGAUUGUUUCUGGUGACCACGAUUACAUAUAAUACCCUGGACUUAUUAAUUACUUUCCAACAGUCGCAGUUGUCUGUUAUGUUUACUGCACCCUGCAGCGAUUAGAACUAAAGAGAAUCAAACGAAAUCAAUCAACCAUGAAUUGAAUUACUCCGUUCGCUGUACCCUCUUAUCAAUUACAGAGUUUUCAGAAAAAAACUUCCACUGAUUUAGCUUAACUACAGUGUUAAACUACGACUGAGUAGAUUGAUUUAUUUAUUCAUUUGAUUGCUUUUUAACGCCGUACUAAAAGAGAUUGUAAGUUGAAAACAUUGUUAUCCUAUAGAGGAAAGAAGAGUACAAUAUUCUGUCUACUUGAAUGAAGAUGUGUUAAUUAUAAGAUUGUAUUGUAACCACGAGUGAGUUUUAAUAAUAAGAAGUCUGUACUGUAACGCUGUAGGUGUCAUUUAUAACGCUGUACUGUAAACUACCCCGUAGGUAUAAUUUAUAAGGCUAAACUGUAACUUCUCUGUGAAAGCUUGUGGAUAAGUAAUGAUGUCGUCAGAAGUGUGUUUUGUCGGGUUAUUUAUCACUAGUGUACUAUAACUGCUCUGUAGGUGUUAAUAAACUGUACUGUAACUACUCUGCGGGUGUUAAUUGCUAGCCAAGGAUCGGACAGUACCGUAACUACUCUGUAGGAGUUGAUAAUAAGAACAUUAUACUGUAACAACUCUGUAGGAAUUGAUAAACUGUACUGUAACUACUCUGUAGGAAUUGAUAAACUGCACUGUAACUACUCUGUAGGUGUUGAUAAACUGUAGGCUACUGUUUUACGCCGUACUCAAGAAUAUUACACGGCCAGUAUUACGGUGGGAAGAAACCGUGCAGAGCCCAGGGGAAUCUACGACCAUCUGCAGGUUGCUUAAAGACCUUCGCCCGUAAGGCGGAAAAGGAAGCCAGCAUGAGCUGGACUUGAACUCACAGCGAGCGCAUUGGUAGGAGGCUCCUGAGUUAUUGCGCUGUGCAGUUAACACCCACGAAGGCGCCCUGGAUCUUAAUAAGUUGUGCUGUUACUGCUCAGCAGAUGUUAAUGCUCGGGAGCCUAAUUAGAUGUUAAUAAGCUGUACUGUAACUACUCUGUAGGUGUUAAUAAGCUGUACUGUAACUACUCUGUAGGUAUUAAUAAGCUGUACUGUAACUACUCUGUAUGUGUUAAUAAGCUGCACUAUAACUAUUCUGUAGGAAUUUUCCUCCAAACCUGAUCGACAAUAAAUUUCUGAUAAUGUCCAGGCUGUCAGCUUAUGAAGGGCAUUUAUGCUUUCAACUUAGAGGGGCUUUUUAUAUUUUAAU